AUGCUGCCGCCGCCGCUGCUGCUGCUGCCCGCGCUGCUGGGCGCCCUGGCCGGGGACGCGGCGCGCCUGCACCUGGACACCGCGCGGCCGCUGCGCCGGGCCGGCCCCGCCUUCCUGUCCGUCACCCUGGACGCCAACCUGGCCACGCACCCCAAGUUCCUCGCCUUCCUGGGUUCUCUGAGGCUCCAGACUUUGGCCAGAGGCUUGUCUCCGGCAUACCUGAGGUUUGGAGGCACCAAGACGGACUUUCUGAUUUUUGAUCCCCAGAAGGAAGCAACCUCCGAAGAGAAAAGUUACUGGCAAUCUCAAGACAGCCAAGAUAUUUGCAAAUCUCGAGCCCUCCCAUUGGAUGUGGAGAAGAGGUUACAGCUGGAAUGGCCCUCCCAGGAACUACUGCUGCUCCGAGAACAGUACGAGAAAAAGUUCAAUAUCACCACAUACUCAAAGAGCGCUGUGGAUAUGCUGUAUAUGUUCGCGAAUUGCUCAGGCCUGGACUUGAUCUUUGGUCUAAACGCACUCCAGCGCACAGCCGACUUGCAGUGGAACAGUUCCAACGCGGAGCUGCUCCUGGAAUAUUGCUCGUCCAAGGGGUACAAUAUUUCUUGGGAACUUGGCAAUGAACCUAACAGCUUCAGGAAGAAGUCUGGUGUUUUCGUCGAUGGCUUUCAGUUAGGAGAAGAUUUUGUUGAGUUGCACAAACUUCUAGCGAAGUCCACUUUCAACAACGCAAAGCUCUAUGGUCCGGAUAUCGGCCAGCCUCGGGGAAAGACUGUGAAGAUGUUGCAGAGUUUCCUGAAGGCCGGAGGAGCCGUGAUUGACUCUGUCACGUGGCACCAUUACUACCUGAAUGGACGAGUUGCCACCGAAGAAGAGUUUCUAAGUCCUGACGUUUUGGACACUUUCAUUUUAUCUGUGCAAAAAAUUUUCGAGGUUGUGAAGGAGACCACACCCCACAAGAAGGUUUGGCUGGGGGAGACCAGCUCUGCCUAUGGGGGUGGAGCGCCCCGGCUGUCCGACACCUUCGCUGCGGGCUUCAUGUGGCUGGACAAGUUGGGCCUGUCGGCCAAAAUGGGCAUAGAAGUGGUGAUGAGACAAGUGCUCUUCGGGGCCGGAAACUACCAUCUGGUGGACCAGAACUUCGAGCCUAUGCCUGACUACUGGUUAUCUCUUCUCUUCAAGAAACUGGUGGGCAGCACUGUGUUCGAAGCACGAGUGGACAAGCCGGACAGCGGCAAGCUUCGAGUUUAUCUUCACUGCACAAGCACUAACCAUCCCAGGUACAAAGAAGGAGACUUAACGCUCUAUGCCUUAAACCUGCAUAAUGUGACCAAGCGCUUGCAGUUGCCCAGUCAUUUGUUUGACAAACAAGUGGACAAGUACCUCUUGAAACCUUCAGGACCUAGUGGAUUACUUUCCAAAUCCGUUCAACUCAAUGGGCAGGUUCUGAAGAUGGUGGAUGAUGAGACGCUGCCGGCCCUGCCGGAGAAGCCCCUGCGCCCUGGAAGUGCCCUGGGCUUGCCAGCUUUCUCCUACGGGUUCUUUGUGAUAAGAAACGCCAAAGUGGCUGCUUGUGUUUGAAAAUGAAAGG